UAGGGAAGUUCAAGUUGUUAUUGUGAAGUCCCUGGUGAGAGCUUUCAAUCACAUGCUGGAACCUGGAGAUGUUCCGCCGCGUGCUGGGGAAGACCUUGGGUUUUGUGGGCUACACUAUCCAGUAUGGCUGCAUUGCACACUGUGCCUUCGAAUACAUUGGAGAAUUUGUCGUGUGUUCUGGUCCAUCCAUGGAGCCCACCAUUGUCAACCAUGAUAUUGUCUUCUCUGAACGGAUGAGUCGGCAUCUUUGUAAAAUACAAAAGGGUGAUAUAAUCAUUGCAAAAAGUCCCUUCGACCCAAAUAUGAACAUUUGUAAAAGGGUAAUUGGACUAGAGGGUGACAAGGUCUGCACAAGUUCCCCAUCAGAUUUGUUCAAGACCCACACAUAUGUUCCAAAAGGCCAUGUGUGGCUAGAAGGGGAUAACCUUAGGAAUUCUUCUGACUCAAGGAGCUAUGGCCCAAUUCCCUAUGCUCUAAUUCGAGGGCGUGUUUGCUUAAAGCUCUGGCCGCCACAUAGUUUUGGGACCCUGAGUGAAAGCCCAACAGAACGGAUCAUUAAGACUCCGAGUGACUCAGGCUCAGAUUGACUUGUCUGCUUUGUUUGUACUGUGUAUGACUUUGUUUUCAAUCAUUUUUGAAUAAAGUGGAUUUUUAUAAAAACUUUAUAUGUAAAAAAUUUAAAGUGGGGCAUGGAAAGGGGUCCUUUCAUACAUACGCUGGUAAUUAAACUGUUUUGUAACUGUCAGGUUCUUGUCAUCUGGUCAUCUAACAGUGUG